UGUAUAAAUAAAGUUGAAUUGAAAAACAGAAUAAUACAGACUGAAAGAACAACAGCUACAGCAGACUAAACAGCGCUGUGUGUUUGUGUGUUUGCAGGUUAUUGCUGCUAAAAAGGCUGGAAAAGGGUGUGUCUGAUCAGGUGAAGCAAUUUGAAGAAAACUCAACAAACCUGAACUCCUUAACCACUCAGAUCCAGUCUGAGAUGCAGCGACUCAGCUCCUUCUGCGCUGAACAACAGCAGAGGUUGAAGUCUUCGGAGGGUGGCGAGGCGGGGGUGGAGCAUCCAUCCAGCCAGUAAAGAAGCAUAUGUCUUUGAGAGACACAUUUCAGUUUCUUUUGUUAGAACACAAAGUUUAGUGUUUAAGUUUCUCCUCAGAAUACGGACAAAAUAUAUUUGAAGACAACAAAUAAAAACAAAGAGCAGAAGUCAGCAGCGAAUUAAGACAUGUAGGAUCGGAUGAACAAUCGUCAGGCAACAAACUGACAAAGAGGAAAAACAGCAAAGAUCCCCCAAAGGAAAGGAGAUGGGGAGAUGCCUAAUGAGGCACCGUUAGAGACCUUAGAGGGGAGGCAGGUGGGAGAGAGCUGCUCAGGUGUGUCACUACUCAGAGAAGAGCACACCCGAGCAGCAGCAAUCUGCUCCGUCUGCCUGAACUGGACUGAAACUGGACCUGGGCCAACAACUCUGUAUUCUUCUUCUUCGUGGACUUUGAUGGCCGGACUGAUCCUGAGCUGCUGAGACAUCACGGGAUGUUUCCAGGAGGAAAAAGCAAAUCCAGUGUAGGAAACGUUGUUUGGCUCCGUGUCCCCACACGACUGCAAGGAUUUUAAAUCUGUUGAGAUGGGCUGUCUGGGCGGCAAAACAGAUGAAGAACGACUGGAUGAAAAGGCAAAGAGAGAAGCAAAUAAGAAGAUCGAGAAGCAGCUGCAGAGGGAACGACAGACGUACAAAGCUACACACAGACUCUUACUGCUUGGUGCAGGAGAAUCGGGUAAAAGCACCAUUGUCAAACAGAUGAGGAUUCUUCAUGUGGACGGCUUUAAUGCUGAGGAGAAGCAGCAAAAGGUUCAGGACAUCAGGAAGAACGUGAAGGACGCCAUCGUGACAAUUGUGUCAGCUAUGACUAUUCUGGCUCCGCCCAUUCCCCUGGGUAACCCUGGUAACCAGUUCAGAGCGGACUACAUCAAGAGCAUCGGUCCUCUGUCUGACUUUGAAUACACUGAGGAGUUCUUUGAGCAUGCUCAGAAGCUGUGGGAGGACGACGGUGUGAAGGCGUGCUUUGAGCGUGCCAAUGAAUAUCAGCUGAUUGACUGCGCUCAGUACUUCCUGAAUCGGCUGGAAUCAGUUCGGAGGCCCGAUUACUCACCCACCGACCAGGACCUGCUGCGCUGCAGAGUUCUGACUUCAGGGAUUUUUGAAACCAGUUUUCAGGUGGACAAAGUCAACUUCCAUAUGUUUGAUGUAGGAGGACAGCGGGACGAACGCAGGAAGUGGAUUCAGUGCUUCAACGAUGUGACCGCCAUCAUCUUCGUGGCAGCGAGCAGCAGCUACAACAUGGUGAUCCGUGAGGACAACUCCACCAAUCGGCUGCGAGAAUCUCUGGACCUCUUCAGAUCCAUCUGGACCAACAGGUUCUCUGACUGACUGAAGUUGCCAAUUAAACUCUGAUUGGCUGCCUUAA